CAAUAGCGCUGGUUGCUGUUAGGUGUUUACUGUUGUGCUUUUGAAAUUUGAAUAUUAUUCUCAAAUUUCAGUUUAUGUUUUUGAGUGUUUUUACGCAAAUAUUACCCUUCACUUCAAUUAAAAAUGAAUAGUCCUAUUAUAUUCAUGUUUACCGUGUGUUUAAUACCAGUAGUUUUAAGUAUAAGGUGUUAUCAAUGUGCAUCAUCUGAAAAUCUGGCUGAAGAUACAUGCGGUGCUUACAAUAAAUUUGAUACAGAGAGUCACAUAGCUGUGGAAUGUAACAGUGACGAAUCUAACAUGCCUGGCUCCUUUUGUAUGAAACUAACACAACAAGGGUCAAAGGGAUUCAUUUGGGAUGGUAGAUGGCGGCAAGUGAUAAGGCGUUGUGCGUCUGUUGCUGAAACUGGAGUGACAGGAGUUUGCAACUGGGGAGUCAGUGAGAAUGGAGUAUAUUGGGAAGAGUGUUACUGCACAUCAGAUGAGUGCAAUAGUUCCAUAUCUAUAAAAUCAUGCAUGGUCAUGGUAAUCUCUGCAAUUGUGACUGCAUUUUAUGCAAAUUGGUGACAAAAUUGUAAAUAAUAAUUGUAUAUGUACAACUUAUGUGAAUUUUUAAUAAGAAAUUAUGUAAUUAAGAUUAGAGAUUUGCAAAAUAAGAAUCAAACAUAAAAAUAAUAAUAUAACAAAAAAUAUUGUUAGUGUUUAAUCAGUUAGACAUUAGAAUUGAUGACAUUGUGGCAUACAAGAUUGCUGCUGCCCAAUAACUAGCUGUAUAGUUUAUUAUAAAAUAUUUAUGAUGACAAUCUUAUAUCUUUGAUGAUAGUCAAGAGUAAGUAAUACCACAAAAUAAUAUAUGAUACUACAUAAUGCAUUGGAACAUUAAUUAUGAAUAUUGUUAACUCUAUUAUUCUAAUGUGUUUUUAAUUAUUGCAAUCUGAUGAUGUGUCAAAUCCGUCCGAAGUAAUUAAUUCUGUCCGAUAUUAUUUAAGAUAUAAAUAUAAGUUAUACACAGUUUUAAAAAUUUUACUGCUAUUUAUUAGUUAAUAUCCGGACGACCGAGCCUUGCCAUUUUUAAGAAUGUACAAAACUUGAACAAAAAAAAAACUAAUAGGACAUCUGGAUUCGAACCAGGGUCUUCUGCUUUCCGGAUCACCCAAUGUCCCAUCUGAGCUAUAAUAGUCUUGUAUAUAGUGGUGAAAUUUACCUUUGUAUUCUAAUGUUUUGUAGCUGUUUCUCAUUCAAACAUGGAUAAAACCAUUUUUUUUAAAUUGAAACCUAGCUAGAUCGAUUUAUCACCCCCGAAAUCCCCUGCAUACUUAAUUUUAUGAAAAUCGUUGGAGCCGUUUCCGAGAUUCAGAUUAUAUAUAUAUAUAUAUACAAGAAUUGCUCGUUUAAAGAUAUAAGAUAUAUUAAAGUUGCUUAUUAUUAGCUUAGCUAGGGACAUUAGCUUUCCAAUUUCAAUUUAUUGUAAUUCCAUGAAUACAUUAGUUAAAUAUAACAUUUGGAGUAAUUACUAUAAUUUUACAAAGCAGUAUUAUGAAUACCCUGUUUGGGUGUCAUAAUUUGGUUUUAUUUAUUUUUAUUUGAGUCGUUAAGAAAAUAAUUUUUUAGCAUAGUAGCACUUACAAUUUUUUUAAUUUCCUUGCGGUUGUCAUACUGAUUCAUUACGUUUUGAGUAUUGUCUGGCAUAUUAUAUAUUUUUAUAGACGUUAUGUAAAGUCUCGAGGUUUGCAGUUGUUAAAUGAUAGCUCAGUUUGAACUUUUUCUAGAAUGACUUAUUUGAUUGUUAUAUGAAACUUCACAUAUACACUUGAUCUAUAAUUAUAAUAUAUACUAACAUCAAUAACAAUAGAACUAUUCUAGUUUCUAGCUUCCAGCUUAUUAUUACAAGUUGCUAGCCUUAUAAACAAAAACAAUAUUAAAUAUAGUCACAAUAUCUAAACAAAUACUUAAGUCGCGUGUUAAGUACAUACAUUCUGGUACUAGCGUCAUCUAUAGGCAAACAAUGUAGACAUUCAUAGUGCCGAUAUUGAUUCUGCGCAAUCUAUCUCGAACAGCAGUAUUAAUUUUGAUUUGCAAGGAUUUGUUAAUUAACGAGGUUGUUCCUAAUAUUUGUUGCUGUUACAAGUGAUUUUUGUAUUUAGAAACAGACAAACUUCUUAACACUGCAGUCACCUUAUAUUAUGUGCUGGAACUAUUUAAUAGUUAUUACAUGAUAAAGCUAGCAACUCCAAACAGUGCAAAACUUGUGAUUAUAGAAAUCUAAAUAGGAUGGUACUAAUAGCCAAUAUUUGCGUAAAUAUAAAUCACCUGACAGCGAGUUUUGCUUCGGUGUGAAGGGCGCCAUUACUAGUGAAAUUACUGGGUAAAUGAGACUUUAUAUCUUAUGUCUCAAGAUGAUUAUCACUUAAGUGAGAAUUUUUUGUGUUUUUCAAGAAUCCUGAGCGGCACUGCAUUGUAAUGGGCAGUGCGUAUCAAUUACUAUCAGCUAAACAUCCUGCUCGUCUCGUCCCUUAUAGUAAAAAAAAUCCCAUAAGUAACUUCUUAAGUGUAGUAUUAUGAGUUAUCUAAUAAGUCACAUAAUCACACUAUAAUCACAGCUUAGCAUAGUCUCUAAAUGUUGUUUAUAUUAUGUUAAACUGAUAUUGAACUGUACAAAUACUGUUUCUGUAUUUUCGACUUGUAUUUUUGACCACUUGUGUUAUUGUAAGGUGGUUAAAAAUAUUAUUUUCAACUUAUAAAGUUAUCACAUUAUGUCAAUCGUUUGAGUGAUUGUCUUUUCAGAUAUUUGUGAAUAAUAAUCGAAAUAAUAUCAAAUGCGAGAUAUUCUGUAUUUUUUAUACUUAUUGAAUAAAAUAUUAUCACAUA